CGCACUCUUGUACUGUAGUGUUCACCGGCUACGACAAUGGAGUCCAAUAGCCGUAGACCUCGGUUUGAUAAAACGCCGAUUCUCUUAAACGCGACAGUUUUUUUUCUUCUGAAAUAACACCAGAGUCCUUCAAGGACAUUGCGGGCGACUGCGUACUCAGGGAGUUAUUCUUCACGUUGUAGAAGUACUGGACUCUUGUGUGUUCACGUUUUCUGUGGGUUCUUGCUGCAGCGGUCGCUCCUCCAAUGGUGCUAUGCGUCUGUUCAUCGUCGUUUUAUCGUCCUUCUAAUUUUAACAGAGUCUAAAUACAACCACAUACACCCCGGAUAACUGAUUAACAAAAUGUCUGAGGUCAGCAUUGGGAAGCGCAAGGAAAAGUGUGAGAACUGCACCAAGCAGUGCAACAAGAAACAGAGCCAUGGUGAUGUUAGCUCACACUUUGAGGGAGAGCAAGUCAAUGGACUGGAGAAUGAGGGAUCACAGCUGUUGCUGAGUGCUUGUCUCUCUUGCGAUGGCUGCAUGUCUGAGGAGGAGAGCAUGAAGAUCGCUCAGCAGAACUUGGAGGAGAUAGAGCGGGUUUUGGCUCUCAACAAGAAGUGUGACGUGACAAAGCACAGGGUUCUGGUGGCGUCGGUGUGUCCACAAUCACUGCCUUUCUUCGCUGUCAAAUUUGGUGUGGACAUUGUUGAUGCCGCCGGCAAACUAUGCGGUUUUCUCAAGAGCCUGGGGGUGCAGUUUGUUUUUGAUACCACUUUGGCAGGAGGGUUUAGUGUCAUAGAAAGUCAAAAGGAGUUUAUUCAAAGAUAUCGCAGGAGGCACCAUGACUCCCACGCUUUGCCCAUGUUCACCUCGUCCUGCCCAGGUUGGAUCCGCUAUUCAGAGCGCGUCCUCGGGAGUUUGGUUACUCCACACAUCUGCACGGCAAGGUCUCCGCAGCAAAUUAUGGGCUGUCUAGUCAAAGACUACUUCUCCAAACAGCAGAAGCUAGAUGCGGACAAAGUAUACCAUUUGGUGGUGGCCCCCUGCUUUGACAAAAAACUGGAAGCUGUCCGAGAAGAGUUUUACAACAGUCUGCUGGAGAGCAGGGAUGUGGACUGUGUCCUUACCUCAGGGGAAAUUUACUGCCUGAUGCAACAGAAGAAGGUCUCAGCAGAAGAUCUCGACUCUGUUCCAUUGGACCAUGUUCUUGGGGAAGGUGGAGACGUGACGCUGAUUCGGCACGAGGGUCGCGGUUCAGAGGGUUUUCUAGAACAUGUGUUCAAGCACGCUGCCAAGGAGCUUUUUGGCCUGGACGUCCACGAGAUCACGUACAAGACCCUCAGGAACCGUGAUUUUCAGGAGGCGACACUAGAGCGAGACGGAGAAACGCUGCUGCAGUUUGCUGCAGUUUACGGUUUCAGGAACAUCCAGACCCUGGUGCACCGCAUGAGGAAGGGACGAGUGCCUUACCAGUUGGUUGAGGUUCUGUCCUGUCCAGGAGGGUGCUUGAGUGGCCGCGGUCAAGCUGAGAAUGAGACGGGAGGCGGCGUGGAUAAAAACCUGGUCCAGCAGAUGGAGGAGAUUUACAGCACUCUGCCUGUCAGUCUCCCGGAGGUCAACCCGACUCUGCAGACCCUCUAUCAAGACUGGCUUCAGAGCCAGGAUUCCCAGCAGACCUGCAAGAAGCUGCACACACAGUACAGGAGUCAGAGUCACACACCCUUACAGCCACCACACAUGCAGUGGUGAGGAUGAUGGAACAUGAAGAGCCACCUUUUGUUUAUUUGGGAAUCUGCUUGGAUGAGCUCACAAACUGUUGUUGGGAUAAAUUAUAAAGUACUCAAUAUCAUUGCUCAAGUCAAGAGCGGGACUCAGCUGAUGCAGUUCUCCCAUUUGUCCACUGGCUGGCGUUGUAUAUGCUUUGGAGACAAAGGAUAAAUUCAAAAUAAAAACCGCUUCAGUUCACUUAAGAGGUUCUGGGAAGUGAGGUAGCAAGUGUGAUCUAUUUGUUGUUGCCAAGCAAUAAGACAACUAGGAGAACUUUCAGUCUUACAUUGGAAACCAAUGAUCUGAGUUGAAGGUACCAAACGCACAAUUUUGUUUUGUUGCCAUAUCAGUCAAAAGGUUAAGUUGUGGUCAUCCUGCCUGAAAGCAUACAACAGCAGUGUUACAAAUAUAACUAUGCAAGUCUCAUCAAGCUACUCCAUGAGUACCAUGGCAAGUAUUUUUUUUUUAAAUCAAAGUUUGUGUUGAGUGUAAAGAAUGUAUGACAAAAAAGUGAGCAUUUUUGUCCCGUUCACUCCAGAGGCUUCACCGUGUUCACUUUGUCAUUCUAUAAAUACAGUACAUUUAAACCAAAA